GAGUGCUCUCCUGCUGGACAUCAGAUCCUGCAGAGUCCUUACCGAAGCGUUGAUUUUGAUUCAUCCCAUCUCCAGCAAUCAGCUAUUCAGGAUUUGAUCUGUGACCAUUCCCUAACACCAGGAUGGUACCGCUUUAUGAUUUUUGAUAAGCCUGCUGAGAUGCCAACCAAGUGCGUGGAGAUGAAUCACUGUGGGACUCAAGCGCCUAUCUGGCUGUCUCUGAGGGAGUCAGAAUCCAUGCCUCGACCUGGUGAGAUCAAACAGUUAACAGCUUGUGCUACAUGGCAGUUUUUCUUCAGCACUUCAAAAGACUGCUGUCUUUUCCGAAUCCCUGUCAGGGUGAGGAACUGUGGAGAUUUCUUUGUUUACUUACUGCAGCCCACCCAAGGAUGCAUGGGUUAUUGUGCAGAAGGUAACCUGGCUGCUACAUCAGCUCCACAUGUGUCACCACCACUGCCAUCUGUUCCUGAAGUUGUAGCAGAGAUGAUCAAAGGCAGCAUUUACUUAAGGUGUACCUUUGGUGUUCCUUCUGCAAACAGCUCUGUUGGAUUCAUUGUAACCUGGUCAAGACUUUCUCCUGAAGGUAUCAAAGAAGAACUUACACACGAAACCGCAGUUCAUACCUUCUCGCUUCUAGAACUAGAUGGGAUAAACGUCAGACUUGGAGACAGAGUCUACUGUAGCAGUUCUGCUUUUUUCAUGGAGAAGCCAGAUAUACAAAGCUCUUCAGUUGAGAGCAAGGAAUUUUUUGCUGGAAUUAAGAUACGUCCAGAAACGUAUAAUAUAUCAGAAGAUGGGAAGGAAUACAGACUGACAAUAGAAAGUAGCAUUCCUAUUCCUUGUCCUGAGUUUAGCCAGCUUGAAAGUGACUGCAAAAUCUCACUAAUGUUAAAUAGUGUUGAUGAAGAUAAAGAGCAGCUCGGUUUAAACUUGGCUCUUUCCUCUUGUCGUGUGGAUCUUCUCCAGAAACCCUGCAAUAAUGGAAUCUGUAGUCAAGCUGUAAUUUAUUUCACUGCUGUGACAGACUUCAUGAAGGAUGGAGACAGAAUUACCAGAAUUGCAGUUGAACCUAUAUCCAGUGAGAAUUUCCUGUGGGAUGGCUAUGUUCCAGAAAGCAUACAGAUUACAGUUAAGGAUCUACCCACAGCCUACUGCUACUCAUUUACUGAUCCUCAUAUAAUUACAUUUGAUGGAAGAGUCUAUGACAAUUUUAAAACAGGAACAUUUGUUCUCUAUAAGAGUACAUCUCGAGAUUUUGAAGUUCAUGUUCGCCAGUGGGACUGUGGAAGUCUUCACUACCCAGCAUCCUGCAACUGUGGCUUUGUUGCCAAGGAAGGAAGUGAUAUAAUUGCAUUUGACAUGUGCAAUGAUCAGCUGCAUGAAUCACAGCCACAUUUAUCUGUAAUAAACAGAGACACAACAGGAAGCAAUGUCAGAGUCACUGAAUCCUACCUAGGAAGAAAAGUAACAGUUUUGUUUUCUUCUGGAGCUUUCAUUCGUGCUGAUGUGAGCGAAUGGGGAAUAAGCAUAACGCUUAGGGCUCCCAGCUCAGAUUACAGACAUACAGUGGGACUCUGUGGCACCUUUGAUGGAAUUGCAGAGAAUGACUAUCACACUGCAAGUGGGGCGGAAAUCCCAAAUCAUGCUAAUGUUCCUUUUUCUUUUAUUAAGGAGUGGAGAAUUUUACCAGGAGAUAGCUUGUUUGACAAAACACCUGCUUCUUUAACAUCUUCGAGAAAAGUAGUCUUCUGUGACUGUGCACUUGAAGAUAACGGAUUAUAUCCUUCAGUGAACAAACUGGAGACAGUUUCUCAGUCAGAACUUCCUCUGUCUUGUAAAGAAAGUGAAAAUGGUAGAUUUCUUUCUUUAAUACCAGGAGUGGAUGUUGCUGCUGAGUAUCUUGGUCCUAUUGAUCUUGUCAGAGGCUUAAAGAAACGUUCAUCUGCACAUGAAAUGGAUUCAUCUACACUUCUGCAGAGGGAGGGUAAUCAAACCAAACUUCACAAAACAUCAUUAGUAAACUCACAUGUCUCAGCAACCUCAGUGAGAAAUACUGGUACAGAAAGAGAAGGAAGUUCAAGCUCAGGCAUUAGAAAAAAUUCUCAGCAUGACAGUAGUCAUUCUCUCAAAAGGCUGUCAGUUACAAGUAGAGGGAAGCGUCAGAAUUAUUAUGAAUACCAUCCAGUAUUCCUAUUCCAAAGUCUCAGCCAAACAGACUUAGAGGAAUAUAGUUAUUUUUUCCCAGAGGACCAUGCCACUGACACAGACCAGAAGUUCCUUCCUUCUUGGCCCACACCUUCAGGCCUCACCAAGUCUAGUGCUUGGCUACUCUGCCAGCAGGCUAUAGCUAAUUCCAGCAUAGGAAGAUCUUGUGGUGCCCUUCUUGGCCGGCGAACAGAGGAUGCAAUCGAUAUGUGCGUUAAAGAUUUGCUACUGAAAGAUGACCUCCGUUGGGCAGAAGCUUCCUUACCUCUUCUGGAGAAUGAAUGUGAGAGAAGAGUUUUAGAAGAAAUAAAUUACAACCCACAGGAACUUGAAGGCUCAGUUGAGAGCCUGCUAACUGCAUUGAAGUGUCCCAGUCUCUGCAGUGGUAAUGGGGAAUGUACAGAAUGGGGCUGUGCAUGUUUUCAAGGCUACAGCUCGUAUGACUGCAGCAUACUGUCUGACCAGGUUCCAGAAAUCACAGAGCUGGAGAAUGAGGGGCUGUGUGAUAUUCGACAGUAUGACUGCACAUCAGUGAGAGUUUUUGGACAUGGCUUCAGGGAGUCAUUGAAUCUGAAAUGUGAAAUCAUCAAAUUGCAAUAUAGUAAUAGACAGUGGAUUCCUGGAGAACUUCUGACUAUGCCAGCUGUCUUCCAAAAUGCCAGGACUGUCGACUGCCAAUUACCAAAUGAUGGUCAACAGUCUGAUGUCAUGGAUGUGGUUGAUGAUGAACCCAUUGCCAUGUGGCAAAUAAAGAUUUCUAAUGAUGGAUUCGUCUAUAGCAACUCUAAAACAAUGAUAUUAUAUGAUGGAGCCUGUCAGACAUGUGAAUCACAAGAAUCUGGGUUAUGUACAUUAAAGGAGAAAACAUGCAACAUAGAUGGACUCUGUUAUGGUGAAGGAGACACAAAUCCGACCAGCCCUUGCUUACUCUGCAGACCUGACAUAUCAAAGUUAACUUGGUCAGUUGUUGAAAACAACCAACCUCCAGUCCUUGAAACUUCUCAGGUUAUGCUACAGACUUUUUAUGGAGAAGACUUUGUAUAUCAGUUUUUGGCUUCAGAUCCAGAGGGCUCUGCUAUUCAUUUCACAUUGGAUUCUGGUCCAGAAGGUGCCAGUCUUUCCCCAUCAGGUCUCCUUUUGUGGAAAGCUGUGUCAACGAAUCUCCAUAAAUUAACAUUUUCUUUGACAGAUGAUUGCAAUGCAACAACUAAGGUAGAAAUAGAGGUCAGUGUAAAAUCAUGUGAUUGCCUAAAUAAUGGCUCAUGUGUGACAAACAUUAAUUUCCCACCUGGAAGUGGAAGAUAUCUUUGUGUGUGUGUGGCUGGAUUUGAAGGUGAUCUCUGUGAAGGGAAUACUGAUGACUGUAGACUUAACCAGUGUGGUGUUGGCAGAUGUGUGGAUGGAAUAAACAGCUAUUACUGUGAAUGUCCACCUGAACUUCAAGGUGAACAUUGUCAAGAGGAUGUAGAUGAAUGUGCAUCCAGUCCUUGCUUCCCUGGAGUAUUUUGCUUCAAUACUUUUGGUUCUUACCAUUGUGGUCCAUGCCCAAAUAAUCUACAAGGAGAUGGGAAGUCAUGUUAUGAAAGCUCUGAAGACCCUGAUGUUGAAAGGCAGGAUUCCACAGGAGAAAUUGGAGGGAAUAAAGGGUUUCAACAGUCGUCCUUUGAGAAGGUUUUGAGCAUCUCAAGCUACAAUCCCAGUUCUACAGAUGUCCCAAAAAGGUUUAUUUCUACAGAAGUGGUCAGUAGCAGCACACCACCAGCCUCUACAGUAAAAACAAUCACUGUCUGGAAGUCACUUGAUUCUCAGAGAAGUGCUUCUUUACAACCUGCUGUUACUGGAAACAUUGCUCACACUCUCAUCAGUGGUCACCUUGCUGACAUGGAAGUGGGUUCUUCAGUACAUGCUGUGAUGACUGCAUCUUCAGAAAGCCAUGCUGUAUCAUCUGAGAAGAAAGCAAGGGAACGAGUUGAGGCCUACAGCUAUUUCGAGAGUAGCAGAAAGACUUCUCCUAGCAGCAGAGCAAAUAUAAGCAAAGAACUUUCUUUGCCAAGCAAAGCAUUCAAAGGUGGCAGUGCUCAGAGAGUUCUGCACCUGUUAGCCAAGCAUACAGCAAGUAAUUUACCUUUUGCCCUUGUUGAAGAUACUGUCCUACCAGAAAUGCUUCCUGAAGAAUUGAGUGAAGCAGUGAUUCCUAAGGCAAUAAGCUGUACUGAUUUACCCUGUUUUCCUGGUGUACGCUGUGAGCCAAAUCAGGAUGGAAGCAUUAAGUGUGGUCAUUGUCCUUACGGUUAUUAUGGAGAUGGCUUCACUUGCAGAGCAAGAUGUAGACAAACAUGUGGCAAAAAUAUGGAGUGUGUGGCACCCAAUAUUUGUAAAUGCAAGCCUGGUUAUGCUGGUUAUAACUGUCAGACUGCCCUGUGCAGACCUGAUUGCAAAAACCAUGGGAAGUGCAUUAAGCCAAAUGUCUGUGAAUGUCUACCAGGAUACAGUGGCUCCACUUGUGAGGAAGCACAUUGUAAACCACCCUGUCAAAACGGAGGCACGUGUUUGGCCAGAAAUCUCUGCACCUGCCCAUAUGGUUUUGUGGGACCAAGAUGUAAUACAAUGGUUUGCAACAGACAUUGUGAAAAUGGUGGUGAAUGUCUCACUCCAGACAUGUGCCAGUGUAAACCUGGGUGGUACGGACCUACAUGCAGUACAGCAAGGUGUGAUCCUGUGUGUCUCAAUGGUGGUUCCUGUACUAAGCCAGAUGUUUGCCUCUGUCCACAUGGAUUCUUUGGUGCCCAGUGUCAGAAUGCUAUUUGCAGCCCGCCUUGUAAGAAUGGUGGUCAUUGCAUGAGGAAUAAUGUCUGUACUUGUCCUGAUGGGUACACAGGUGGAAGAUGUGAAAAAAGCAUCUGUGAGCCAAGGUGUAUGAAUGGAGGAAGAUGUGUCGGCCCAAACAUUUGCUCUUGUCCUUCAGGAUGGAGAGGAAAAAGAUGUGACACUCCGAUCUGUCUUCAGGAAUGUAAGAAUGGUGGGGAGUGUAUUGGACCGAGUACAUGUCAUUGUCCUCCACAGUGGGAAGGAAUCCAAUGUCAAACACCUGUGUGCAUCCAGAAGUGUCUGUUCGGAGGCAAGUGUGUGUUGCCCAAUGUAUGCUCUUGUCGUCCAGGUUAUACUGGAGUCAUCUGUGGGAAGAAAAUUCAGGUACAAAGGCAUCAUGACUGAAGAAGUGUAUCAAUUAAAUUGUAAUGCUUCGUGGAUGUAUGAGACUUGAAAAAAAAAAGGCAAUU